CUUAUUCAGGUUAGUUGUGUAGAUAUGUUCAGAUCAAGCAGCGUUAUUGCAGAUGCUCUUGCUCAGUUCUCCCUCUCAGCCCGUUGCCUUUCAUGUCGUGCGGCGCCCACACAGCACCCUACAGCUGGCUCUUCGUCCCUUCGCCGGCGGUGCAGCUCCCGCCGCCGUCGGGGCACCCGCGCUGCCGCCUCUCCGUCAGGGCCACAUGCGCUCCGACCUCCUCCAGCGUCCCCGCCGGUGGCGGCAGCGCGCGCCAGCAGACCCGGCCGCGCCUCGUAGCGGCGCACUCGAUACCUCCGCCGCCGCCCCCUACCGCCAGAACCGUCCGGAGGGACGCCGCGACGGGGCUCGCUUUCCUCCUCUUCGUGCUCGGCAUGGUGAUCAGCUCAGCUCUAUCACUAGUUAUCGUCUCAUUUCCAGCAUGGAGAGCUCUGCAGCAGAUGGAAAUCGCAGCUCGUAAAUUGUCGAAAUUAGCAGCACAAGAGGUACCCGGAACUAUAUCGUCACUGAAGCUGUCAUUCAUGGAGAUGAACGAUCUAACCAGCCAGCUAAAGAAAAUUAGGCACAUUUUCACAACAAAUAGAUCUGGGAAGGAUAGAUGACUAAUGUGGCAGCAUGAUCACGGACUGGAUUCCAAAACAGGGACGUGUGUGAAUUCUUUAAUCUGUAGCGAUGUCUUAAUUGUUAGUACGUGCUACUUUGUUAGAUUAUUACUUGUGCCUCGAUUUCUUGACCAUGUGAUGCAUGUUGUCAGUAUUGCUGGACACUGUAGAAACAUGCGCCUGAUAAUUGCUGUGGUGCCCAAGUUGCUGUAGCUUGUCAAAUAUAAUGCGGUGUGCAGAUAUAUAUUACCAAACUGCAUGAUGAAAUUGAAACCCAAACAUAUCCCAGAAGAGAAUGGUUAUAUUGAUAAGGAGAUGUGUUCUGUAGCA